ACUCACUAAAUGAUAAUGCAGUCGUUACUAAAGAUAUGGAAAUGCAAUAUUUUUCCCUUGCAGCUAUGUUUACUUUCAUCAAUAUUUUUCCUUCUUGGCUGCUGCAGCCUGUUUGCAAACACUACUGAUAUUGUUAGAUUUGAUGAAAACUAUGAAAUUACAUGGGGAAGUGAUCAUGUUUUGUCUUUAAAUCAAGGAAGUGAAAUUCAGCUCUCAAUGGAUAUCUCUUCCGGAGCUGGGUUUGAGUCGAAGCUGAGUUAUGGUAGUGGAUUUUUUCAUUUGAGGAUAAAGCUACCCAAUAAGGAUUCUGCUGGAGUUGUUACUGCUUUUUACCUGACAUCAAAAGGCAAGAGGCAUGACGAGCUGGAUUUUGAGUUCUUGGGUAAUAGAGAAGGCAAGCCGAUUAGCUUGCAAACCAAUGUGUUCGCAGAUGGUGUUGGGAAUAGAGAGCAAAGGUUUCUUCUCUGGUUUGAUCCUACUGCAGAUUUCCACAAUUACCAAAUUCUUUGGAACCAACACCAAAUUAUAUUCUACGUGGACGACAUCCCGAUCAGGGUGUUCAAGAACAAUGAAGAUAUUGGAGUUGUGUACCCGUCAAAGCCGAUGAAAAUAGAAGCAAGCUUGUGGGAUGGAGAUAGCUGGGCAACCGAUGGAGGCCGAACAAAGACUAAUUGGAGCAUGGCACCCUUCAAAGCCCAUUUCCAAGGAUUUGAUAUAAGUGGUUGCUCAAUAAUUCAGAACUCAAGCAAUAUUCAACAGUGUUUUUCUCCCAAUUAUUGGUGGAAUUCAGAGAAAUAUAGGAAGUUAGAUUCCAAGCAACAAGGAGAACUGCAAAAUGUAAGAAAGGAAUACAUGAACUAUGACUAUUGUUCGGAUAGGCCUAGAUACCCUGUUCCUCCUCCGGAGUGCCUUCAUCAAUAGAGUUCAUGAUCAUGGGUUAAUUUAAGUUGCUAUAUUAAAUAAUAAUGCAGCUGAUGUAAUAAAAGAAAAUGUUAAAUUGUUCCACUUUAUAAAAUUAUUAUAGUUACUUUUUAAUA